AACAGGAGGAAAGAGCUGAUUGAAGAGCUGGAGCAGGAGAUCACUGAGCUAAAGAUGAGAAAACACUGAGCUGGAGCAGCUCUCACACACUGAAGAUCACCUCCACCUCCUACAGAUUCACUCAUCCCUGUGCAGCCCUAGAAACACCAGGAACUGGUCUGAGAUCAGUAUUAAGACUCAUGAGAGUCUGGAGACUUUGAGGAGAGAUCUGACUCAACUGAAGGACACUAUAGAUGAGAAACUCAAACAAACUGUCUCUACAGAGCUGAAGUGGAUGCAGCAGUAUGCAGCGGAUGUGACUCUGGAUCCUGAUACAGCUCAUCCUGAUCUUAUUCUGUCUGAUGAUGGAAAACAACCAUCCGGUCUGAGCGGCCCUCGUCAUUCUGGUCAAGUUCACUGCGGGAAGGAGCCACGGAAGAUUUUCACGAGUGUUUCCCUCACUGAAGACGUCCAGCUGAAUAAAGCGAAGCAGGUAUGGAAACCAUCAGGGAAGCGCAGCAGCUGCGCCGAUGAGGGCAAGUCUGAACUCUUGAAGACGCAGGAGCUGUUCAAAUGCGUGUGGAGUGUAUUGUUUAAAUUGGUGUGGAGUGUGUUCCAGCCGCUGAUGAAGCAGAUGACGGAACUGACCAUCAACACAGAGGAGCGCCUGAAAGGAGUGGUCCACCUCAUCUAUGAGAAGGCCAUCUCUGAGCCCGACUCCUCUGAAGCCUGCGCCAACAUGUGCCGCUGCCUUAUGGGGCUGAAAGUUCCCACCACGGAGAAACCUGGAGUGACGGUGAAUUUCAGGAAGCUGCUGCUGAAACAUUGUAAGAAAGAGUUUGAGAAGGACAAAGAUGAUGAAAUGUUUGAGAAGCAGAAGGAGCUGGAUGCUGCUACAGGGGAAGAGGAGAAGCAGAGGUUGAAGGAGGACCUUGAGGACGCCAAAGACAAAGCCUGCCGACGGUCUCUAGGCAACAUCAAGUUAACUGGCGAGCUGUUCAAGGUGAAGAUGCUGACUGAACCCAUCAUGCACGACUGCAUCGUCAAACUGCUGAAGAAACGUGAUGAAGAGAGUCUGGAGUGUCUCUGCUGCUUGCUGUCCACCAUCUGGAAACAUCUGGACCACGAGAAGGCCAAGCCCCGAAUGGAUCAAUAUUUAAACCAGAUGAAGAAAAUUAUUAAGGAGCGGAAAACCUCUUCCAGAAUUCGCUUCAUGCUGCAGGGCGUUCUUGAUUUACGACAGGCAAACCUGAGUGUGUGAUUAUUUACUUCCUUAUUUCUUAUUCCUGGCAUUAUUGUGAACAGUUCAUUAAUUCACAUUAUUCUAAAAUAAAAUGUUUGGCACCUUAAUCUUUUAAUUAAAAUUAAAUAACUUGAAACUAAGGUUAAACAUUUUGGAAUA